AUGGACGUUGUUGAUGCUUGUGGUAGAUCUGGUGGUUUGGUGAACAUAUGGGAUAAGAAAAUAUUUAAGAAAGUCGAUGGUAUUAAGAAUGGAAAUUUCUUGGUAACUAGUGGUUAUAUAAAAGGAGUUGAGAAUGUGAUUAAUAUUAUGAAUGUGUAUGCGCCUCAAAAAACUAUUGAAAAGAGGACUCUAUGGGAAGCUAUAGCGGCAGUAAAAAGAAACUCGAAUGGGUGGUGGAUUGUGUUAGGGGAUUUUAAUUCAGUUAGAAGUAGAGAGGAAAGGAGGAAUACUAAGUUCGACGCAGGUAGUGCUGAGGACUUUAACGUUUUUAUUGAAGAUUCUGAGUUGCAGGAGUAUACUAUGCAGGGGAAGCGAUUUACAUUCCUAGCUGGAAAAGGUAAUGGAUUGAAAAUGAUCAAAAUUGAUAGGGUGCUUGUGUGUAGUGAGCCAUUUCGGUGGUUCAACUCUUGGUUAGAAAUAGAUGGUUGUAUCGAUGUUGUUAAAGACGCUGUGAGCGGGGUGGAGUUUGUUGGCCCUCCUGAUAUGAUUUUAUCUAAAAAGCUUAUGUUGAUUCGUGACAAGCUAAAGGAGUGGAAAAAUGUUUGGUCAAAAAAACAAGGAGAGGAAGUAGACACGAUGAGGGCUGAGAAAGAAAAAUUGGAAGACAUUAUGGAAUGUAGAGAUUUAGAGGAGGAGGAAAUGUGGGUUUGGUCCGAAUGUAGUAGACGGGUUGAAGAAUGGGAAGCUCAUAGAUUACAGGAUUUAAAGCAAAAAUCAAGGGUGAAAUGGCCGAUGUUUGGGGAUGACAACUCUGCGUUCUUCCAUGGUAUUGUAAAUGGUAGGAAGGCCGCCAAUUCCAUCCCAGGUUUGGAAAUCAAUGGGAAAUGGAUCUCAAAGCCGAGUUUAGUAAAGAAAGAGGUGUACAAACAUUUUAGAGAUCAUUUCCGUGAUAAUAAUAAAGACCGGCCUUUGCUUGUGGUUGAUAAUUUGAAACUGUCUCGGCUACAAGCAAAGAUUUUUUAA